AUGAAAACAUUGUAUUUUAUUAUACUAUGCUACAUUACUUCCUUUAGACACUUUCAAUUUUGUUCAAAUAAUAAUGUUGUUGAAAAUAAUAAAACACCCCAAAUAUUAAGGAAAAGACACCGUAAAAAUAAUAAAAAUGAUUUGACUAAUGUAACAGAUUUCUCUUUUAUAAGCACAAGUAACGAAGGAAAUAAAUCAGAACAUCCUGAAAAUGAAAAAAACAAAAAUAAUGAACACGCCGAAAAUAAAGAAAACCCAAAAGUAAAGGACAAUCAUAAUCAAGAAAAAAAUGACGAUAAAGCCAAAAAGGAUAAAAAAACAGACAAAAAAAAGGAUAUGGAAGAUGAUGAUUUUGAUAUAGAAGAAUUAGACGGCGAUGCCGAUGAUGAUGAUGAAAUAGAUGAAAAAAAAUCCAAAAAAAAAGGAAAUAACGAUAAAAAUAAAAAAGUAGAGGAAAAUAAAAAUGAUGAAAAGAAAAAAGAUGAUAAGAAAAAAGACGAUAAGAAAAAAGAUAAAGACGAUGAUGAUGACGACGAUGAUAAUUUUGAUGAAGAAGGUGACGAUGAUGAUGAUGAUCAAGAGGAUAACCCCCCCAAAAAAAAUAAUGGAAAUAAUACAAAAGACGAAAACAGUAAUAGUAAGCAUACAGAAAAUUUAAAAUCUGAGAAAAAAACAGAUAAAGAAAUAAAAAAACACAAAAAUAACGAAGAUAUUGAUAAUAACCAUAAAAAGGAAAAUCACAAUAAUAAGAAAGAUAAUAUUAAUAAUAAUAAUACAGAGACAAAUAGUAAUAAUCAUGAGGAUAAUCACAACGAAAACAAUCAACCAAAAACAAACUCAACCAAUUCAAAUAUGAAUCAUUCUGAACAAAAUGAUAAUGGAAAUAUAAGCAUUCCUAAUGUAAUGGAAGCAAUGUCCCCCAUAGUUGGGCCUAAUUUUCAAAAAAAGGACAACACACCUAUUAUCCAUCCCAUUAACACGAUGUCAAGUGAAAAUAUAAAUAUUCCUGAAGAUAUUAAGAAAGACUUUAUGAAAUUAUUAGCAAGCGUAAUUAAACUUAAUACUAAAGAUAGUUCACAUCCUUCUAAUCAAUUUAUAGAAAAUAAUAAAUCAAUGAAUCCACUAUUACAUAAUAAUCCUAAUCAUGAGCAUGCAAACAACUCAUCAUUUAUAAAAAACAUAUAUUACCAUUUCAAAAAUCAUUUAUCAUAUUACGUAAUAGGGACGAUAGUUUUGUUUAUUUUAACAUUGCUAAUUCAGGCUUCAAAUGUAAGUGAUGAUAAUAAAAAAAAAAAAAAAAAAAAAAUUAGAAAAGAUAGGAGCCAAAUUUCCAAUUACAGACGAACGAUUGAGUGCUAA